AUGUUCAAUGGGUAUCAAUAUGAUAAGUAACUCACAUUCACUAAAGAGAUUGACAAAAUAAAGAAAGAGUACAUUACAGAACGAUAACGCAGAAAAGAUAUGAAUUAAAGAAUGUCGAAGAAUUAUAAAAAGAGAGUUGAGAACUUCGUGAUUAAUAUGUUGGAGAACCCUGUGGUUUGCAACGAAUAUAAACCUCCUGAAAGCUAUAAGUUUAGAGAUGAGGAUCCAACAAAGAAUUUGGGAGAUCCCUAGAUUUAUGUUAAAGGUUUCAAACAUGAGAAGGAGAGAAUAUUGGAAGCCUAAGAAAAAAACAAGGAUUUGGAUUUCCUACCAAAUUUGAAGGUAGGAAAACACUCUUUUAGAGAAAGAGAUCAAUCAAAAGAUAUUAAAAGAGACAUCUUCAGAUAUAGAGAUAAAACAGCUCUUGCAAGAAUCGAAUAAUAUUUAAGAGAUCAUACAUAAUCAUAAGUGGAGAACAUGAAAAUCGAUCACAAAAAAAUAAUCAGUUUAGAAAACUUCUCAGAAGGAAUGUCAGCCUUAGAAAGAAGAGCUUAUUUGUCUAGGUUGAUUGCCAAGAAUCUCUUGCCUUCUUUACACAAUAAAACACAUUUCUAAGCAGCUUAAACGAUGUUUAAUAAUUUACCAUUAACAUUGAUGGAACAUGCAAGAUCUCAACCCCUAUUGCAUACCUAAGAGGAAAGCAGAAAGAAGCCAUUGCCAUCUUCUGAGAAGCAGAGAUUGAUGUCCUAAGAGGCACCCAACAAGAGUGGAAGAUGUUGGAAGUGA